GGCUGAGACUAAAUAGAUGGUGAAGAGGCUGGUAUAAAGCAGGAGCACAGAGCUUCAGUACCUUAGGACCAAUUCUAUGUUAAUGUUUGGAAUACUUCUUCUUGAUAAUGUCACUAAGGCAGACAGGCAAGUAAAGGAAAUCAACAAGAGCACAAGACAUUGCAGUAUUUUUCCACACUUUUAUACAGGUGUACACAUUGAAGGUGACAAGUACAAAAGGAGAGGAGAUGGUCUUGAUGUGACUAACAAUGCACAUUAUUAAAAGGCAGAUUUAUUUCUUAUUUACAGAUAAAAUUAU